AUGACUGCUCAAAGAUCUUUGUAGUCACCAACCGCCAGAAAUACCAUCUCUUCUCAGCUUCACAGACUGAACCAAGGACAACACUAUGGUACCUGCUCGAUGAAAAGACAGCUGAGGUACCAUUACAAGAAGCCACUGUUGUCGCGGAUGACCUCAACGCUACGAUCGAUUAUAGCUGUCAUGGUGUUUUUGGAUAUGGGUCGUCACACUAAUGGUGAGCGAAUUUUCGGAUAUACAGAUUCGCAUAAUCUCGCCAUUGUAUACACGAAAUUUCGGGAACGUGACUACCAUCUCAUAACCUUCUAUAGCGGUGAGAACAGAUCACAAAUUGAUUUCGUUUUUGUCAGGCGAUCAGUGGCUCGUAACAGAAGACAGUGAAACGGUUGCAGCACAACACCGACCACUGAUUUGUACGCUAAAGAUCGUCCCGCCGAAAUCGAAAGUAGCUGAAAGGUGUGGGCCAACGAGAAUCAAAUGGUGGCGUCUGAAGGAGCAAGAUGCAGCCAUCGUUUACCGCAUUCUAUUACCAGCGGUAACGACUGUCGACGAAACUUGGAAGGGAGCUGCCGAAGCGAUCACCAGGGAUGCGUGGUCGGAGCUCGGCAUGGCCAAGCCAGGGCGCGAAAGGUUAACAGGCAAGUAUGGCUGUGGAUAGACUAUGUCGGAGAUAAAGUACGUGAGAAGAAAAAGCAGUACCAUGCAUUUCUCUUCGAAAGGCAGGUGAUAACUGGCAGGGCUACCAGAUAG